CGAAGCUAGCUAACACUUACAAAAUACGGCGAUAUAAAUUCUUUCGACAAGAAAACAUAAAGUCGGAGAUUUUUAUUACGUACAAAUUAUAAAAUUAGUUAUUGAUAGAAAAAAAGUGCUAUAGUAUUAAGCUCGUUAUAAGUAAAAAGUUAAAGUCGAUUAGUUUGAAUUCAUGUGACCAGAAAAAUUAAAACAAGGAGGAGCCGAUUUAAGCGACAGCAACAAAGAAGUCGCCACAAUCUUCAGUUGCAGCUCUCAUUUUUUGAGUGGGGCGAGGAACUCACACGCACACCAAUACAAGCACACGCGCCAACAAGCCCACACAGUAACAUACGCAUACACUUGAAAGACUAACGACUGCAAUUGUAAACAUCGACAGGCACUACGGAGCGAACGAAGUCAAAUGACGGAAUACAAGUUAGUUGUUGUUGGUGCCGGUGGCGUUGGCAAAUCGGCGCUAACCAUACAACUUAUCCAAAAUCAUUUUGUGGAUGAAUAUGAUCCCACAAUUGAGGACUCGUAUCGGAAGCAAGUGGUUAUUGAUGGUGAAACCUGUUUGCUGGAUAUUCUGGACACCGCCGGUCAAGAAGAGUAUUCAGCAAUGCGUGAUCAGUAUAUGCGCACCGGUGAGGGUUUCCUGCUGGUGUUUGCUGUGAAUAGCGCUAAGUCUUUUGAAGAUAUUGGCACAUAUCGCGAGCAAAUCAAACGAGUCAAGGAUGCCGAAGAGGUGCCAAUGGUGCUUGUGGGCAAUAAAUGUGAUCUGCCUUCGUGGAAUGUGCAAAACGAACAAGCACGAGAGGUGGCCAAGCAAUAUGGCAUUCCAUAUAUCGAAACAUCAGCCAAGACGCGCAUGGGCGUCGAUGAUGCAUUUUACACAUUGGUGCGCGAAAUACGCAAAGAUAAGGACAACAAAGGACGAAAAGGACGCAAAACGAAUAAGCCGAACCGUAGAUUUAAAUGUAAGAUGCUCUAAAUGGCCUCGCAUUGGUUUUUCUUUUUUUUUUCAUUAACGCCUGUCCGGUUUGUGCAUUGUGUGUGUGUGUGUGUGUGUGUUUGUUGUGUGUGCCAGAUAAAUGCAACAGUUUAUGUAUUUUGCUGUGCUAUUUGCCCGUGCGGCAUUUAGUUUACGCACAACUACACAUGCGCACACCCACACGCAAACACACUCGCACACGCACAAGUGCGCGUGUUAGGUUGGUGCAAUUGAUGGGAGGAUGAACAAAAUUGUAAUUAAUUUAAGCAACUAAAAUUUUAUUGUAUGUCAAAUCAUUUAAUGUGCAACUUGUGUGUCGUUUUGAAAUGUGGCGCCCUUUUAAAAUUAUUAAUAAUGCGUGUAUGCCGUACAGGUAUAAAAAACAAAAACUAUGAAUACUAUUGUAACUGCCUUGGUUAAGCUGCUGCGAUAGCGCAUUUUGGAA